UGCCGAUAAAAGUAGCUCGGCGACAGGAGGGACGCACCGCCGAAGCUUCCAGUUGCUUUUUCGCGAUGUCUCGGAGGUUGUAAGCGCUCCAUCCAUGGCGGAGUGCGACAAGACAAGAUCUCUGCAGUGAGUGAUUCGGGUCCCAAUGGAGCCUGAGGAGACCCUGCUGCUCUGUUCCUCUUGACUGAAGUGGGACACCCCGAUUAUAGACUCUUUAUUAUGGAAACUGGGGACAUAAACGCGUCCGAGAAACCCCCGACAAGCAGGAGAAUGAAGCCCCGAGCACCCCCGCCGCCUGGUGCCCCCCAGCCUGCUCCACGCAAAAUCUUUACAGCCCCCCGGAAUGCAGUGCCAGACGGUGGCAUGCAGAGUGGCGAUACCAAGGAGAACAUGCUGUCUGCCAUGGUAGACCUCCAUGUUACUCUCCCAGAUGGAUUUCAGACCGCUGGCACUGUUGAUGGAAGCAAAGCGCUGAUGGACCUGCUGGUGGACCUGUGCAGCAGGUACCACCUGAACCCGGCCUGCCACACAUUGGAGCUGCUGUCCCCCGACGGCCGGGCUGUGGCCUUCAAGCCCAACGCCCUGGUGGGAGCGCUGGGUGUGCGGAGCGUCCUCCUCAAGGAGAAGGUGCCGGAGGAGAAACUGAUGCGCAAACCCCUGCCAAAAGUGCCUGAGAAAACUGUGCGCCUCAUUGUGAACUACCACCGGACCCAGAAGGCAGUGGUCCGGGUCAGCCCCCUAGUGCCCCUGGGCAGCCUAGUGCCAGUCAUCUGUGAGAAGUGUGAGUUCGAUCCCAGCCACGUCAUCCUGCUCAAGGACAACAUCAGCAACCAUGAGAUGGACUUGGACAAAUCGCUGAAUGAGCUGGGGGUCCGGGAGAUUUACGUUCUGGACCAAAAACUGGUUCUUCAGGCUAAAAUGGCUUCAGCGCCUGUUCUGAAUUACUCAGAAUCCUUUCGCUCCAACACGCUGAGCAACAGUUCGGAUAAGAAGGGAUUUCUGGGGUUCUUCAAUUUCAGCAGGCAGAAAGCAAAGAGCAGCUUCAAAACUCCAAGCAGCCCCUGCAUGGAGGCGCGGCCCAACACGCUGGGCCAGUCGCAGUCCGUCAUGAACAUCCCACGCAUGUCCCCAAAGGCGGAGCUGAAGAAGCGCCGGGCACCUCCACCCCCUCAGCCCACGCCUGCCCUGUGUGAAGUCCGGAGUUCUGUAGAGAGCUGCCAGGUGCGUAGCGUCUCCCCCAGCGGCAGCCAGCAAAAGAAGAGAAGGGCCCCGGCACCCCCUGCGAUAGCGGCCCCCGGUACCCCGGCGGAGGACGACUCUGCGUCGGAGCGGAGCCCCGCCCACAGCGCCGGUCACUCCGAACGGGGAGGCUCCGUCCGCAGCACCAGCAGCUGUAGCAGCAGUGGCCUGGGGGGCGACACGGUGCCCCAAACCACGCCCAGCGACAACCGGUCUGCUCUCGAGCUCAAGCUGGAGGAAGGAGAGAACAACAGGCACAGCACCUUAGGUUCUGAGCAGCAGGUGCCACUGAAACCGCGACGAACCCCAACGCGGGAGCCGCCCACGUUAGUGAUUCCCCCUCCCCCGCCUGACAGCCCUCCUCCCUCACAGCCGAGCUGUCACGAUGCUCAACUGGAGAGCGACUCUGAGGCACAGGCCCAGCCCUGGCUGCACUCGCUGCAGGGGAGCGAGCCGAAUCUGUCUCCGGAGCAGGAGUCUGAGACAGGGUCCGUGGGCAGUGGUUGCAGCCUCCCCGACCAGGGCUACGCGCCCUCCGAGGGCACGGCUGAGGACUCACCCUUCGUCAGCUCGCCUUCUGACCUCACUCACCCAGCCUCUCCGGAUGGCAGCGUCUCACCGGAUGGCGGGCCUGCUCCACCAAGGGCUCGCUCCCGCGCCCUGGCCAAGGACAGCUCCAGCGACAGCGAUGAAGGCUGCGCCACCUGGGGGUCCCGGCACAGACACAGCAAUAAAAUCUAUCCAAUGGAGCAAGCGGACAGGAUGACGGACAGGAUGACGGACAGCUACGAAGACGACGCAGAGUUGUCCACUCAGCUUCACCAGACGCUUGCUGAACUGGAGGCAGACCUUGCAGAUGUUGAGCACACAGACCAAGCCUCAGUAAGUGAGUCUUCAAUAUCCUCCUCCGAGAAAUCUUACCACAAUGAGAUCCCAGUGUCUGUUCUGCACUUGGAAGUACCGGUGACUGCCAUAAAUGAAGUUUUGGAGGACCAGGAGCUUGGCAGGGCAAAUUAUGAGGAUUUCCAGUCAUCUGACACACUGUUUGCUAGAAACCAGAUCCUAACCUACAAGCCACACAGAAAUAUUUGGACCAGAACUGACACAGUAAACACUGUAAACAGUCACAGCAAAGCUGGCACGAGUUCACCCCAUGUGAUGCGGAGUGUCAGUGUGCCUCAGAAGGAGAUCGAGGAGGUCAUGGCGAUCCCGGUGACAGAAAUUCGAGAUGGCCUCUGCAAAGGGGACAGUUGCACGGAUCCACCCAUCCUCAAAAGGCAAAGCCAGCAGUUGGGCUCUUCAGCCCGAAGUGUUCCCAGCAGCCCUCCGAGGAGCCCUGAGCACCAAACCACUUGUCAGGGUGAGAUCAGGACGCCUACAGUGGAAGAUGAGACUCCACGAGCCAUGAAAUCCCAGAUGCCACAAAGUACAAUCACCCAAAGUCCUACUUCUCGCUUUGGCUUGAAAACCUUCACUGUCAUUCCACCAAAACCGGCCUUGAACAACACCCAAAAGCCGGCUGGCUCCCUAGUUACAGGUGCCAUUAAAAUCGACGCCCUCGGCAACAUGGUCAUGCAGCAGAACACCUAUAACAAAUAUGGAAGCUCUCCAGGGUCUGGAAGUGACACAGAGUUGCCUCUUUUGGAGAAAGCCAAGGCUUUCUGGAACUCAGCCGAGCAGCAGGAUGGGAUUCCCGCUCCUCAGAGUGCAGUUCUGAAAACAAAAGAUCCACAGUUCACCAGACCAGCACCUGCUGCUGAAUCUGCCGGCAAGGUUCGGCCUGAAGAAAGUCUGAAGGAUGUCGUGGAAGCCCCAAGAAGCAUUAUUCAGGAAGUGGAGUGUAACCCUUUAACUUCAGAACCUUCGCAGCACCUUACAAAAUCCACAAAGGAGCCGCAGCUGGGAAGAGACCUGUCCUUUUUGAAACCACCCAGGAGAACAUCCAGUCAGUAUGUAGCAUCUGCCAUUGCUAAAUAUACUGGAAUGCCUUCAACCAGAAUGGAAACCAAACAGGAAUCAAAUACAAAGACUGAGUCAACAGUCUUCAAGCCGAGGUUCUUCAGUACCAAGAGCAUUAUCAAUGGAGACAGAUCCAUAAAUGUAACAUCAAAUGGGACCAACUAUAAUGUCAAUGAAGACACGAUACAAAUGAACGGAAAAUGUUCUUCCAGCCUCGUGGCCAAUCCAAAACGAUCCCUAAGUUUCCCAGAAUACACCACAGAGAGAAAGGAGGGCAGUACAGUGGGGAAAAUGGACAGGACUGGGAAACUGGGCACUUUUCAAGGGGGUGCCAGUGCCAACUCGUUGAACGCAGACAGGGGAAACAUGGGAUUCAGCACAUCUGCUCCAAUCCAGGUGGACACACUGGUUUCGGUGGCCGAUCGCAUCGCCUCUCCUGCACUGAGUGCCAAGGGCACCGAUGGUCCCCUGGUGGAUGGGGAUCCAUCCUCCAGUGCCUUCCCAGAGUCCCGGCAAGUGGGUGUCUUUGGGCCCGUGCAGAAGUUCAGGCCGGUUAUACUGAAGGCAGUUCCAGAGGAUACAACGCUGCACAGCACCCUUAUGGAGGCUAUCCAGUCAGGACACGGAAAAGAGCGUCUUAAGAAGGUAUCUGAUACAAGAGAAGGCUCUUUGAGAGCAGCGUCCUACGUCACGGCAGAAAACGAACGCUGUGCGCUUUUGGCAGCAAUCAGAGCUCAGAAUAACUCCUCGAGACUCAGGAAGACAGGAUCCGAGGCAGCCAAUGAGCUCGAGGGAUUCAGGAAGUCUGAGGGGAACAGCCGGUUCCCAAGCGAAAGCAUGUUUCCCCUCCCUCCGUCUGUGCCUCCCCCACCAUCCCACGCCCCUCCUCCCCCACCCCAGCCCCUCACGCCCAUCGUGCCCAUCAGCAUGAGCACGGCGAGAAACCCCGAGGGAGCCCGCCAAGCUCUUCUGGAAGCCAUCCGCUCCGGGCUGGGGGCUGAGCGUCUGAAGAAGGUGCCUGUUCCAACAAAAACAGUACUUGUGAAUGGAAGGCUGGGGACAAUGCGUGCCUCUUCAUCCAUUGCACAAGAGCACUAAGACAAUUUACAAUCGCCUCUUCAGCAACUAGAACCGCCAUCCGACGAGACGUCUGCAGGCCAAACGAUGCAUUCCAUUUUUGUCUGUGGUUUUGUCCCUAUUGAUCUUCAUGCCCUUGUUUUAUAUUAAGAAAA